AUGUAUUCUUUCGGAGGAAAUUUAAAAAAUAUAUGUCGCUGUUGUCAUUUGCAGGGCGUUUUAAAAAAUAUUUUUAGUGAUAACUACCAUUUAGGACAUAAAGAAAAUUACGAAAAUAUGUUAAAAGAAACCUUUAAUAUAAAUAUAAUUAUUAACAAAAAUUCCUCUGAAAUUUGUGCACAAAUAUGCGACAGCUGCAUUUUGAAACUGAGAGACGCACUAGCUUUUAAAAACAUGGUGAUUGCUAAUGAACAGAAGCUGUCUAGCUACUUUGUUAAAUUACACAGUGAUAAUGACAAAGAAUUACAAUACAAUGUGAGCGUGAAUGAUGGUUUUAUUAAAUCAGAGACACUUAAAAUAGAGUCCAAUGAAGACCUUACUGUGUCUAACGAACAAAACAAUAUAUUGGAUUAUGAUUCAAUCAGUAUUAAAAAUGAAUUAGAAUGUGAUGAAAAAGAUCGGGAUGACACAAUAAACAGGAAACGGAAAUCAGAACAUCGAACUAAGAAACCUAAGAGGAAAAAAUUUGCUUGUAGCAGUAGCGAUAAAAUUCCAGACAGUGGAAAGGAUUGGAUAAAAAUAGCAGAGAGGCGGGGACGAGGACCUAUUCUGCGAGAAAACUCUCUAAAACUCCUUUCAAAUUCAACUAUGUUUGUAUUUCAAUGGAAUAAGAGUCGAUACACAUGUUUCUGUUGUAAACAACCUUUCAUGGACAUGUGCUCGUUAAGAGAACAUUCAAAUAAAGAACACUCAAUUCAAAAUAUAGAGAAAAAAAUAAUAACACAACAGAACAGAUUAUUAAAAGUUGAAAUAUCGUCAUUAAAUUGUAAGAAGUGUAAAAAAAAAUUAAACACAAUAAACGAUUUGCGUCAGCAUUUAAUACAAAACCACGAAAUCAAAUUUGACAUUGAAGAAGACUUAUUAAUACCUUUUAAAAUUCAAACUGAGGGCUUGAAAUGUCAAAUAUGUUCAGAAACCUUUAGGAAGUUCCGGCUGUUGAACAUGCAUGUUAAUAAACAUUUUAAAAAUCACGUUUGUCAUAUAUGUGGCGCGAGUUUUACUAAUUUAGUAUUUCUGAACUUACACAAAACGAGAUCGCAUAAAACUUUUAAUUGUAUCGAAUGUGACGUAACGUUCCCAAAUAGAACAGAUAAAAAAAACCAUGACAGAAUCGAACACAAUGUCAAAUUUGAAAGAAAAUUACGUUUCCCUUGUCCGAAUUGCGACGAGAGGUUCUUUCAAGAGAAUUUUAAAAUACAACAUUUAGUUGAAAAACAUGGCAUGUUGAAACCGGAAUACAAAUGUUCUUUGUGUGUUAAAGUUUUUAUAACAAAGAGUUUGUGUAAUAAUCAUAUUAAAAAUGUUCACAUGAAGGAGAAAAAACAUGAAUGUGACAUUUGCCAUAAUCUUUUUUAUACGAAAUCUGACGUCACUAGACAUAGAGUUACUCAUACUGGUGAGAAAAAAUUCUCCUGUUCUCUUUGCAACAGUCCAUUCUCUACACGAGACUCACUUCGCCGACAUAUGAAAAGGACACACGAGGCCCUUAAUUAAAAAUCUAUCUAUA